CCGCGGGCGGGGAGGCGCGCGGCCUACGGCCCCUGACGGUCCCCAGUGGCCUGGCGCGCCCCCGCGCCUCCUGAGGGGCCGUAGCCAAGCAACGCCCGGCGCGCCCGCCCAUCCCCCGCUGCCCUUUUUUUCCUGGCCGGGUGCGAGGGAGCAUGCCCGCGCCUGGCCUCGGCCUGCUAAGAGUUAACCCGAGGGGCGUGGAGCUGCCCCCCCCUCGGGGGCGUGCCCCCCUCCCCCGCUAGGCGGCCCGCCCCCCACGCUAGGGUAUGGCCCCCGGCCCGGCCCCGGGACCCGAGGUCCCGCGCACGGGCCAGUGAAAGGCGUUUUCCCGUUCCCGCCCUCCUUCCCUCGCCGGCCAGCACCAUGGGAUGUAAUAUGUGCGUGGUCCAGAAACCGGAGGAGCAGUACAAAGUGAUGCUUCAGGUGAACGGGAAGGAGCUCUCCAAGCUGUCUCAGGAGCAGACCCUGGAGGCCCUGCGUGCCUCCAAGGAGCCCCUGGUGAUCCAGGUGCUGAGACGCAGUCCCCGCCUCCGGGGGGAUGGCCCCUCCCUCGACCUGCAGCUGGUGGACAGUGGCACUCAGACCGACAUCACCUUCGAGCACAUCAUGGCGCUGGGCAAGCUGCGCGCACCCACCCCGCCCAUGGUCACCCUGGAGCCGUACGUCCCGUCUGAGCUCCCCCCCAUCGGCCACGAGUAUUACGACCCGGCGGAGUUCAUGGAGGGCGUCCCGCAGGAGGCAGACCAUCUGGAAGAGCUGGAGUAUGAGGAGGUGGAGCUGUAUAAAACCAGCCACCGGGACAAGCUGGGCCUGAUGGUCUGUUACCGCACGGAUGACGAGGAGGACCUGGGCAUCUACGUUGGAGAGGUGAAUCCCAACAGCAUCGCAGCCAAAGACGGCCGCAUCCGCGAGGGAGACCGCAUUAUCCAGAUAAAUGGCGUGGACGUCCAGAACCGGGAGGAGGCAGUGGCCAUCCUGAGCCAGGAGGAGAAUACCAACAUCUCCCUGCUGGUGGCCCGGCCCGAGAGCCAGACGCAAGUGGGGCCACUGUCUGCGGAGGUCCUUCGGGCGGCGGGCACAGCAUGGGUCUGUGUGCAGCUGGCGAAGCGGUGGAAGGACAGUGACCGCGACGACUUCCUGGAUGAUUUGGGCUCUGAGAACGAGGGGCACCUGCGGCCGCGGAGGCUGACGUCGCCCCCCGCCCAGCAGCUCCAGCUUGGAAAUGAAGAGGAGAAAGGGACCCCUGAUGCGGGCCCGGGCUUGAGCAACAGCCAGGAGCUGGACAGCGGGGUGGGCCGGACGGAUGAGAGCACGCGCAACGAGGAGAGCUCCGAGCAUGACCUGCUGGGGGACGAGCCCCUGAGUACCGCCAACACGCCCGGGCCCCUGCGCAAGUUUGGCCUGCAGGGGGACGCCCUGCAGAGCCGCGACUUCCACUUUAGCACGGACUCCCUGCCGGCCGAGGGCGCGGGGCCGGGCGGCGGCGACGUGCCGGGCCUCACGGAUGAGGAGUGCGAGCGCUACCGCGAGCUGCUGGAGAUCAAGCGCCACCUGGAGAACGGCAACCCCCUGGGCCUGCUCCUGCCCCGGGCCGCCGGCGGCCACGGCGCCCUGGAUGUGAACCGCAACGAGAGCGUGGGCCACGAGGUGGCCGUGCUGGAGGAGGAGCUGCGGCACCUGGAGUUCAAGUGCCGCAACAUCCUGCGCGCGCAGAAGAUGCAGCAGCUGCGGGAGCGCUGCAUGAAGGCCUGGCUGCUGGAGGAGGAGAGCCUCUACGACCUGGGCGCCGGCGAGCCCAAGAAGCACGAGCUGUCUGACAUCUCCGAGCUGCCCGAGAAGUCGGACAAGGACAGCACCAGCGCCUACAACACGGGUGAGAGCUGCCGCAGCACUCCGCUGCUGGCGGAGCCCCUGCCCGAGAGCCCCCUGAGGCGGGCGACCGCCGGGGGCAACUCCAACCUGAACCGGACCCCCUCCGGGGCCCCUGCCGCCGCCCACCCCAAGGCUGCCCCUCCGCAGGGGAGUCCCGCCAAGUUCCGAUCCCUCUCCCGGGAUCCCGAGCUGGGCCGGAGACAGCAGUCGGAGGAGCGGGGCCGCCGCGGCCCCAAGGCGGGGGUGACCCUGGAGCGCGUGGGCCCCGAAGGCAGCCCUUACCUGUCGCGGCGCCACCGCGGCCAGGGCCAGGACGGCGAGCAGUACCACAGCUGCACGCAGCUGGCCCCGCCGCGCCGUCUGGAAGAGCUGGGCCACGGCCCCUUGAGUUUGGCCGGCGGCCCUCGGGGGGGUGGCGUGGCGGUGGCGGCGGCCACCGAAGCGCCCCGCAUGGAGUGGAAGGUCAAGGUGCGCAGCGACGGGACCCGCUACGUGGCCAAGCGACCAGUGCGGGACCGCCUCCUGAAAGCCCGGGCCCUGCAGAUCCGGGAGGAGCGCAGCGGCAUGACCACGGACGACGACGCGGCGAGCGAGAUGAAGAUGGGCCGCUACUGGAGCAAGGAGGAGCGGAAGCGGCACCUGAGCCGGGCCCGGGAGCAGCGCAAGCGGCGCGAGUUCAUGAUGCAGAGCCGCCUGGAGGGCCUGAGGGAGCCGCAGAGCGGCGAGAGCAGGGCCGAGCUCAGCAUCAUCGCCCUGAGCCACCGCAAAGCCACGAAGAAGCGGAACAAGAAGAUCCUGGACAACUGGAUCACCAUCCAGGAGAUGCUGGCCCACGGCACGCGCUCAGCCGACGGGAAGCGGGUCUACAACCCCCUGCUCUCUGUCACCACUGUCUGAGCCCAGCUGGGCUCCGGGGCACGGGGCCUCCGCCUGGGCCCGGGGCCACUGAGCCUGCCGGGGCCCCGUCUUCUGCUCUCCCCUAGAAGCUAGCGUGCGUCUGUGUGUGCGCGUGGGCCUUCGUUACCAGACAGAAGCCCCUGAAGGAGGAGGGACGCUUCUCUCCAUCGGUGACUUCCUUCUCCCCAAGUACAGCGACCACAUCAACAGCUGGCCUGGGGGCAGACCCGUACCGGUCCCCCCUUCAGCCGUGCGCGCGUGUGCGUGUGUGUGUGUGUGUGUGUGAGACACGAGCCGAGACACACGUACGCACGCAGACACACGCACUUCCCUCCAGAGCGCUCUCAGCGCGGGCACUUGGGGACAGGGAAGCCGGCUGCAAAGAAGAGGCGAAAAAGACUGUCCUAAGCACAAGAGGAUGUCCGUCACUUGUAGACAAAGGCAACCCUGAGUUUUGUGGUUCUUUUCCUUUUCUGUGCUUGUCAGUUGCUGUCGUUUUGGUUCGUUUGUUUUGUGGACCUGCUCCGAGGGCUGGCAGCUCCCUCAGGCAGCCUGACAGAGGUGGGAUCCCCGAGUGAUAGCUGGGAAGGAGGGGGGUGGGGGGAA